CCGAGCCAGACACUGACGGAUCUGAUCCUCCAGCCCGUCACACCAGCACGCCACAACAUCGAGCCAUCUGCCGUGACACCUGGCCGGGAUGGAGGGAGAGAUGCAGCCCGCAGAUGAAGGGCCCUGCGCCCCGAAGAUGUGCCGCCAGCAGCAGGGUCCGCACAGCAGCCUGAAGCCCUUCCAGAGUAAGCGCUCGGCGGGCAAGUCGCGCGGUGACAGGUCCGCUGUGGUGGAGGUGCCUCUGUUUGGCGACGGGCAUCACUUCACUUUCCACCCCGAGCAGCCUCAUCAUUUCCAACCGCACCAUCACAACCACCAGCACCACCAGCGUCAGCAGCAGCUCCACCAGAGCAGUGUGGCUAUCAGCAGCAGCCAGCAGCAGCAUCACCAGGCGCCAGAUCGUUUCCCCUGUGAGAACAGGCCCAGCAGCAGGGUCCCGACAUCCACCUCGGCAGCGGCUGCAGCCUCUCCUGGUCCCCAGCAGCGGCGCACCAGCGGCGGCAGAGCAGAGCCCAGACUCUCCCCGGACUGCACCUACGGUAUCAGCUCAGAGAAUCGUCUCAUCCUGGAUGCCUUCGCCCAUCAGUGCAGCCGAGUCCUCAGCCUCCUCAACAACGGCCGUCUCCUGGAGCCUUCCUCCUCCUCCUCCUCUUCCUUCACCUCCAACAUCAAGCUGGAAGACGGGGCAGGGGAGGUGCAGGGGCUCCACAGCUCCUCCCUGGGGAAGACCCAACCUGAAGAGGGCUCCUCCACCACAGGCCCAGAAGAGGAGGGCCACCAAAGCCAUUUGAACCAACAACAGACCUCUGCGGUUCUCCGUAUCUUCACAGACUCCCUCCAGAACUACCUGCUCUCAGGGCCGCAGCAGAAGCAGGAGCGUCUGGCUGCCGGGCUGGAGGAGGACCAGUGUCCGUCAGCGGGACACGGCCCGGGGGUUUCUCCUCACAGACACCCCCUGGGAGGCUGGGGCUCGCCGACUCCGUCAGAGUCGUACGGACACCCCUCGUCCACGCUGCCUGAGGAGGAGGAGGAGAACUGCUGUCCGCGCUGCCUGGAGCUGGAGCAGGAGGUGCUGUCUCUGCAGCAGGAGAACGAGGACCUCCGCAACAAGCUGGAUAACAUCCCAGUUCCCUGUCAAAACGCUCUGGACUACUUUAAGACUGUUCUUGAGUUUCACAACCAGCUGGUCCCGCCGAUGACAGAGGAGCAGCUCACAGAGGAAGAAGAACGGCAAACAGUCUUUGAGGGCAGUAAGCAGCUGCUGGAGAACUACCCUCUCUACAUCUCCAACAAGCAGUGGGACGAAGCUGUCAACUCCUCCAAGAAAGAUGGCAGGCGGCUGCUGCGCUACCUGAUUCGCUUCGUCUUCACCACCGACGAGCUCAAGUUCUCAUGCGGUUUGGGCAAGAGGAAACGAUCCGUCCACUCAGGAGAUCCAGGCCUGGAGAGACGACCGCUCAACCCCGUCAAAGUCAGCUGCCUCAGAGAGUUCAUCCGGAUGCACUGUUCCUCAAACCCAGACUGGUGGAUGCCGUCAGAGGAGCAGAUCAACAAAGUGUUCAGCGACGCGGUGGGCCACGCGCGGCAGGGCCGGGCGGUCGGGACGUUCCUGGGCAGCAGCGGCAGCUCCACCAGCAGCCUCUACAUGGACGCCUUCGAGGGACAUCUGUCGCAGGACGAACUGUAUCUGAAAGGCUGCCACAACGGCCAAUCGGACUGAAGUCAGAGGAGAGAUUUAAGGACAAAUGCCGGAAAUGUAGCUGAACAACGACAAAUCCCAAAACACCGACCUUAACCUGUCACUUUACACAGUCAAGAAAACAUUCCAGUUUAUCAAACAGAUUAUAACCACAGUAUCUCUGAAGCCGUUUUAAUAGUUUGUAGCCAUUUUUAUAUACUAUAUUAUUUUGUUUAGCCAGGUUUAAAUUCUGAAGUGUUUUCAACUUUUUAAAUUUGAGUCUUCCAUUUGCUACUUUUUCUAUGGUUUCAUGUUUUGAGCAGUUGUUCAGUUGGUCAUCAGGAACAUAUUUCUGUUAGUGUCACCCGAGUUCGAGACGUAUUAUAUCCAGCACUUAGUCUGCACCCUUCUUCGCCUUCAUCACAGAAAGUAGCAUUUCAUAUUUGUCCUCCAAUCAACAGGAGUGCCUCUGAUAAAGUCAUGUUCUGUUACCUGUAGCACUUCACAUCCCCAUUUGUUUUUCUCCUAAUGAAUCAAUUCUGAUUUGUCAAGUGUUAAUAAGUCUUUCCUAUGUGUUAGAUGCAGCUUUCCUUGGGUUGAAAGAAGUUUUGGUCAAAGCUGAUCUGUUUUGAACUUCCUGCAUCAGAUUUCAGGAUAUGCAACAAAAGAAAAUGUGAGGUGUCUUAGUAAUUUAAGUGCAUACUUCCUUGAAUCUGCAAAGGUUACAAGAGGCCUUUUAAAUUAGUAUUAAAAGCUGUAUAUGACAGUAAAAAUGCAGAUUUCCAAAACAAGCAAAAAGUGGGAAAAAUAAUACGACUGUUUCCUUGUUAUGCCAAUGUUUGCACUUUCUUUGCUCUGUCAUAGAUUUUUUUAUUAAUUCUGAUGAAAAAGUCUUAAAAAUAUAACAUUUAUUUUAUUUUACAUUCAGUUGUCACCAUUGGAUGAAUAAAUGUUGCCAUUUAAUAAUGCCUUAAACUUGAUUCAAGACCUCCAAUAUAUAACAUAUGUAUGCUUUAUGUGUUCAUGUAAUCACAAUGUGAGUUGUAACUGUCUUCUUCAUAAUGACAGAAAGUAUCCACUUCUUAAUAAUUAUCUGUUGAUAAAAAAAGCACUUAUUCCUUAUUUGCACUUUUACUUGUCUUGUUGUGGCAAAAGUGUGAGUGGUAUUUGGACAGAGUUUAUGGAUUUCUAUCCUUUGACUUUGUAUUUAUUUGAUUUGGUACUCAAUCACUCCAUGACACCGUUUUCUACGUUUUGAAUGUAGCAGAUUUAUUAGGUCAGUUUGCCACGUUGACAGUGCUGUGUAAAUGUGUAAUAUAAAGUACAGUAUUGUGUGAGGUGUCUCUCUUAAAAAGCCAAGUAGAAAAGUGCCACAGAAACCUUAAGCAGUCGGAUUCUGUCGUUGUGUUGCUGUUCUGAAUGUGAGCGUUUGUUUGUAUUUACUCCCUCAAAGUGGCUGUUAUCAACACUGUGAAACAUCUGUAAGAUCUUUACAAAUCUAAAAGCUUCUGUUGUUUUUUAUUUAUAAUAAAUGAA